UCUCUGCAAAGCCAUGGUAUUAAAAUUUUCCUUGUUUUUCCAUUUUAUUGACUCUUACUAGGUUGUUCCUUGUUUUUCCAUUUUGUUAACUCUUUACUACAUUUUUUGUCCAUGAAGGACAAGUCUGAGUUUGUUGACAUGAAGUUGGAAGAAGAGCUUCAGCUAGUUGAUGGAAAUAAAGUGGAUUGGAAAGGAAGAAGUGCACUCAAGUUCAAAUAUGGAGGGAUGAAAGCUGCUUUCCUCAUGCUAGUGACAUUUGGUUUGGAAAAUUUGGCAACAUUCUCACUAGCUGUGAACUCAGUGCCAUAUUUUAACGGGGUUAUGCAUUAUGAACUAGAAGAUGCUGCUAACAUGCUUACCAACUAUAUGGGUGUCAGUUACAUUCUCGCUAUAUUGGUGGCUGUCGUCGCUGAUACAUGGCUUGGAAGAUACAAAUCUGUUUUAUUUUCUGGCUUCUUUGAGUUUUUGGGUCUUGCAUUGCUUACAAUACAAGCACACUAUCCUAGAUUCAAGCCACACAGUUGCAAUAUCCAUGACCCAACAGCUCAUUGUGAUAAACCAGAAGGAGGCCAGAAAGCUUUUCUCUUCCUUGGUCUAUACUUGUUAGCCUUUGGCAGUGCAGGAACCAAAGCUGCUUUGCCAUCACAUGGUGCAGAUCAGUUUGAUGAAACUGACCCUAAAGAAUCAAAGAAAAUGUCCACUUUCUUUAACACUCUAUUGCUUGCUGUUUGCGUCGGUGGUUCAGUCAGCCUAACUUUCAUUGUGUGGAUACAAAUCCACAAAGGAUGGGAUUGGGGAUUUGGUAUUGGUACAAUAGCUAUAUUUUUGGGUACCAUCAUCUUUGCUGCUGGUUUGCCACUAUACAGACUUCAAGUUGCUACCGGAACUAGUGUUCUCCUUGAGAUCAUACAGGUCUAUGUCGCUGCAAUCCGCAACAGAAAUCUUCCCUUGCCUGAAGAUCCAACAGAACUAUAUGAGAUUGAACAGGACAAGGAAGCUGUUGCUGAGGAAAUUGAGUUUCUACCUCAUAGAGACAUUUUCAGGUUCUUGGAUAGAGCAGCCAUAAAUUCAAAACCUGAUAUACAAAUAGAGAAAUCACAGGCUCCAAGUAUAAGUCCAUGGAAACUUUGCAGGGUUACACAAGUUGAAAAUGCCAAAAUCAUUCUCAGCAUGGUCCCAAUAUUCUGUUGUACAAUUAUAAUGACUCUUUGCCUAGCGCAGCUCCAAACUUUUUCGAUCAUGCAAGGCUACACAAUGGACACAAGCUUCACAAAACAUUUUAACAUCCCACCUGCAUCCCUCCCAAUCAUCCCAAUCAUGUUCUUAAUCAUUAUCGUACCUCUCUAUGACCGUGUUUUUGUUCCUGUUGUGCGUAAAUUCACCGGUGUUCCAACUGGCGUUACACACUUGCAGCGUAUAGGAGUUGGACUAGUACUUGCUUCCAUAUCCAUGGCUGUGGCUUCAAUUGUAGAAGUGAAAAGGAAAAGAGUGGCUAAUGACAAUAACAUGCUUGAUGCUUUUCCAGUACUUCAGCCAUUGCCUAUAAGCACAUUUUGGCUAUCUUUUCAGUAUUUCAUAUUUGGCAUAGCUGACAUGUUUACGUAUAUUGGUCUCCUUCAGUUUUUCUAUUCAGAGGCACCAAAAGGACUUAAAUCUACAUCAACUUGCUUCCUUUGGACUUCUAUGGCACUUGGAUAUUUUCUAAGUACCAUAGUGGUUAAGUGUAUCAAUGGUGCAACCAAGCAUAGUAAAAGCGGGGGUUGGUUAGUAGGGAACAAUAUCAAUAGAAAUCAUCUAAACCUGUUCUACUUGUUCCUUUCCAUUGUGAGCUUGAUCAACUUCUUUGUCUAUUUGUUUGUUUCAAAGAGGUACAAAUACAGACCUCAAGGUCCUAAGGUCUCUGCUGAUGCCAACUCAAAGGGGUGAACAUGAGGAAGGAAAAAAAGGGUUUAUAUAGCUCUUAUUAUAUUUGUUGAUGUGACAAGAUUUGGCAGUCUCAAAGAUAUUCAUAAUCCUUGAGUAAAUAAUCAUGCCUUUAGGCCUAAUUGAUUUCUGUUUAAUGUUCUUGUCACAUCUCACCUGUCUUUAAUUUAUAUCUUUAUAUAUUAUCUUCGCAUUGGC